AUGGCUUCUUCCAUGUCGACCGAAGGCAGCAAGACGCUGAAGCCGGGCACCAUUGAGAUCCCGACCUCGCGCGGCAGCAAUGAUGUUCCCAUGUCGCCGCGUUCGUGGAGGCACAGGACGGCGACGUACCAGCCGCCCUCGCGGCAGCACACGGCCGCCUCGCUAGACGCCGAGGACUACUUUGUCGGUCCCCGCGACAUGGCCAAGCACUCAAAAUGGCCCUUCUUCAUGCGCAUGCACGGCUCCGUGCUCCCCAAGAUGAUCCUCCCAUUGAUCGUCGUUGCCCUCUGGUCCACGCUCAUCACGUGUCUGUGUGAAUUCGUGUACCAGCUCAAGGUCAGCAGCUUGCUGCUGACGGUGCUGGGUUUCGUGGUCGGUAUGGCCAUCUCGUUCCGCACGUCAUCCGCGUACGAGCGCUACACCGAGGGCCGCAAGUACUGGUCGCAGCUCCUGCUCGUGGGCCAGAAUUUCUCGAGAACUGUUUGGGUCCAUGUUGCCGAGCGCGACGGCGAGCUCGGCAAGGAGGAUCUGCUUGCCAAAAUCUCCGCACUCAACCUCGUCGUCGCCUUCUCCCGCUCGCUCCUCCACAAGCUCCGCUUCGAGCCCGGCAUCGAUUACCCCGACCUCAAGUCGCGCGUCGAGUACCUCGAAACCUUCGCCAAAGCCGCCGAAGCCGAGAUUCCCAAGCCCAAGAAAUCGGGCAAGAUCAAAGCCGUCGGCGAGUCCCUGGGCGUCACCUUCGCCGAGUCCAACCCCCGCAAGCGCAUCAAGCGCUCCAAGAGGCCGCUCGGCAACCUGCCCCUCGAAAUCCUCUCCCACAUGUCCUCCUACGUCGAAUACGUCAAUCAGAACGAGACGCUCAAGAACGGCCUGUACCACAACCAGCUGAUCACCUCCAUUGUCGCCUUCAACGACGUCCUCGUCGGCGUCGACCGUGUCCUCAACACCCCCCUCCCCAUCGCCUACUCCAUCGCCAUCUCCCAGAUCACCUGGGUCUACGUCCUGAUGCUGCCAUUCCAGAUGUGGGACGACCUGCGCUGGGUCACGAUCCCGGGCUCCAUCUUCGCUGCCUACAUCAUCCUCGGCAUCGCCGCCAUCGGCCGCGAGAUCGAGAACCCCUUCGGCGAGGACGUCAACGACCUACCCCUCGAUGCCUUCUGCCGCGAACUCGAGGCCGACAUCGACUACAUCAUGAGCAACCCCCGCCCGCACGUCGCAGAGUUUUUCAGGAGCCCGCUGAACAAGCCGCUCGGCCCCCUCAGCGAGAAGAGCUUCGAUUCCUGGAUGGGUCGCACCAAAAAGGAUAUCCGCGACGCGCUGAUGACCAAGACCAAGGCCGAGAUGCGCAUCCGCGCUAGCUUCCAUGUCGCAAGGGACCAGGACGAGGACAACGAGAAGUCGGUCCAGCUGCAGCACGGGCAGCAGCAGGAGCACUAG